AUUGAAGCAUGUCUACAGAUAUCAACAUCAACAAGACUGGCACACUUUCAAGAUUUACCUAUUUGGAUUUUAUGGCGAAUAUGGAGGAGCCGAAAUAGGCUUUAUCUUUCAGCAGAAACAAACAGGAUGGAACAAUGUACUACAAUAUGCAAAAGCAGAUCCUACUGAAUGGAGAUCUCAAAACAUGUUACAACAAGAUCAACAACAUCUGGCAGGUCAGCAGUGUAUUCAAACAAUACAAAAGAAAUGGAGGAGACCAGAGAUUGAUUGGAUCAAAUGUAAUGUUGAUGGCUCCUUUGUUAAUGAUGAAAAUCCGAGUACUAUGAGAUGGAUUUUGCGUGAUUCUAAUGGAGUGUACAGAGGAGCAGGACAAGCAAUUGGCAGAAGAGUUAAAAAUGCUCUAGAAAGUGAAUUACAAGCACUAAUAGUAGCAAUGCAAUAUUGCUGGAGUAAAGCUUAUAAACGAGUGAUGUUUGAGAGUGACUGUCAGAAGAUGAUCAAACUACUGAAUAAACAAGGUCUUCAUUUUGAUGGGUAUAAUUGGAUCGGAGAAAUCGAUUGGUCGAAACAAAAAUUUCAAGACAUCAAGUUCACAUGGAUUGCAAGAGAAGGAAACAAAGCUGCUGAUAAGUUGGCUAAUAGCCCUUUACCCCCUCUUCAAACGUUUGUUUCUCAUUAUUAUGUUCCUAGAUGUAUUUCUACUUUGUUGUAUCAAGAUUAUGUAAAUUCAAGCUAGUAAUAAAUUCAGAAGUUAAUAAAAAAAGAAAAAGCUGCUUCGGUGAGUUAAUGCAUCUUUGGCUGAUAUGGUCUUGUGUUUUGCUCAACCGUUACGUUCUUCUUUUUAUUUCAUUUUACGUAUGGAAACUAAUACUUAAGUUAAAUUUUUGUGUUGCUCAAAAAAGACAUCCUUGGGUUCACCUUCUAGUAGGGCUGUUCAAUAUGGUAAAACCGAACCGUACCGAACCGAACCGAAAUAGACAAUAUAGUUUGGUUUUGGUAUAUACCAUAUAAACCGAAUGGAUAUAAUUUUAUAAAAACCGUAGGAUUUGGAUAUGGUUUGGUAUAUAACCGAUUAAACCGAAUAAACCGAACAAAACCGAUUAAAAGUAGAAACAUGUAAAUAUGUAUCUAUU